CUCCAGCUCCGCGCGCGCACCGAGCAGCUGCUUUGUUUUUUUGUGAGGAAAAGAGAGAGAGAAAAAAAAACGCGUCAAAAAUGGAGGAACACAGAUGAACACCAGACAUCUGGUUAAAGCCUCUGAUUGCAUCCCCUGCAUCUGAAACAUCACUAUGGAGACUGUGGUUAUUGUGGCCAUUGGCGUGUUGGCCACCAUUUUCCUGGCAUCUUUUGUGGCACUGGUGGUUGUGUGUCGUCAUCGUUAUUGCCAUCGGCCCAACCUUCUGCAUCACUUCGAGUCCAAACCCACAGUGGAUCUGAUUGGCGCGAUGGAGACUCAGAGCGAGCCAUCCGAGUUGGAGCUGGACGACGUGGUCAUCACCAACCCACACAUCGAAGCCAUCCUGGAGAACGAGGAGUGGAUCGAAGAUGCCUCUGGUCUAGUGUCUCAUUGCAUUUCCAUCCUGAAGAUCUGCCAUACUCUGACAGAGAAACUUGUUGCCAUGACGAUGGGUUCUGGAGCAAAGGUAAAAGCCCCUGCCAGCCUUAGUGACAUCAUCACGGUGGCUAAACGCAUCAGCCCCAGGGUAGAUGAUGUGGUUCGGUCGAUGUAUCCACCACUGGACCCAAUCCUCCUCGAUGCUAGGGCUACCGCAUUGCUGCUGUCCGUUAGUCACUUAGUCCUGGUGACGCGGAACGCCUGUCACAUGUCUGGCAGCCUGGACUGGAUCGACCAAUCACUGCACGCAGCUGAGGAUCACAUGGUAGUGCUCAGGGAGGCAGCCUUGGCAUCAGAACCCGAGAGACGACUACCAGAAAGAGAGCAGUCCAUCUGAGUCUCUCUCACACACACACACACACACGUGUAGGGGACUGCGAUAGAGAAAAUGUCACACAGUCCACAUGUAUACUUCGCAAUAGACUUUUUUUGCACAAACACCUGAUCUUUUAUCACCACUUUUUUUUUUUUAAAUGUUACAUUGCUUACAGCAGUGGUUACAAUCACUUUCUACUUUUUCCACUAUUAAUGCAAAUGAAUUGAAACAAAAUCAGGGGCACUUGUACUACUGCCUCCAAAUCAGCUGAAUGGUGAACAUAACAGAUUUAAUAUGCACACUAUUCACAAGUGUUUCGUCACGUAGUCAUAUCGUAUAAAAUGUGGAGUUAGUUAAGAAAUGACACACUAGAGCUUAUAUAUUGUUAGAGAAAGAUAUCAAACACUUCGAGUCAUAAACGCUCUCUCUCUCACCAUUUUUAUGGCCUGUAAUCCUAAGUCACAUGAUGUUUAAAGCCUUUCUAAUUCCCAAACCUCACCACACUGUUCAUGUUUAAGCUGGUUGUGUUGGCAUUUGUGAAGUGCGAGAGCAAAGUCUUAACCAGUGCCAGCCUAAUAUUGAGCACGUGCUAUUGUAGCAUUAUAAUUAAGUUAUAAAAGCACACCAGAUGUGGUGAAGUUUGGGUUAAAAAAAAAUGAUUAAGUAUUCCUUUAU